AUUUAUUCUACUCUACCGGAUGACAUAAAUGACAACUUCAGAGUUGAGAGAUGUUUUCUGACAAUUGACAAAAUGACAACAACAAUUUUUUUUAAGAUUUAAAAACACUGUGACAAUUGUUUGGACUUUUUUUUUUUAAUAAUAAAUAAACUUUAGUGAAAGUGAUAAAAUAUAGUUAGGAAAAAAUGUGUAAAUUCAUUUGUUUCUCAUCACGUGUAAAAAAAGAUAGAAACAAAUUUUAUUCUAUCUUAUAAUUUAGCCUCAAAUUCUUUGACAAAGAUAACAGUAAAAAUAAUAUAUAUAUUAGAUGUGACUAAUGUAAUAUUUAAAAAAAUGUAACCGUAUUUUAUACAAUUUUUGUAGUACGGAACAAUAGUUUUAAAAAGUGAAUGUGUUUUUUUGUGAUUUCAAAAAGAAGAAUCAACUUUGUGUAAAAAUUAUAACCUAUAAACAGUGCCUGUAUAUUUUGUGCGUGUGUAUAUAUAUAUAUAUAUAUACAAAUAUAUAUAUAUAUAUUUAUUUAUUGAAAAAUCCAAGAAAACGGAUUUUUGGUACAUCAUUUUUUUUAAAUGAUUAAUUUUUUUUCACAAUGGAUGAAGAAAAUAGUUCUCCCAUUAUUUCUGGAGAUGUCGAGAAUAUAAUUAUUAAACUGGAACCUUCGGAAGAUUUUCUUCACGAUGAGAAUUCAAGAGAAAGUGUUAAUUCAGAAUCAAAUGAAUUGAACGAGAAUGAGGAGAAAUAUUUUCAUGAAAAUCAUCAGGAGGAUGAUGAUUUCAUUGAAUCUGAUGGAAAUGCAUCAAAUAUUGUUCAAAUACCAUUUUAUUUGGAAAAUUAUUUUGCUGAUGAUAACGAUGAUGAUCAUGAUGAUGAUGAUGAUGAUGAUGAUGAUGAUGAUGAUUCAAAUUCACAUCAUAUUGAUACAAAUCAUUUAGGUUGUUCAUAUUGUAAAAUUAUUUUUCCCACUGAAAAAAUGCUUCAUGAACAUCUUAUUGUUCAUAUUGACAUUAAUCGAAUGGGCUGCAAUGUUUGCGAUAAGGAUCUCAAUACGGCAGAAAAAUAUCAACUUCACGUUAUGGCAAUAACUCGACAAAGUAUUUACUUUUGUGAUUUGUGUAAAAAAUCUUGUGCUGGUGUUGUUCGAUCUAAGGAUCAAACUCGUGCCGAGGGAAAGGCGUACGCUUGUCAUGAUUGUGAAAUACAAAUAACGGGAAAACCUUAUAUUUUAGGUGGAUCAAUACCCAAAUAUUCAAGUUGUGAGCCAAUUUUUCAUUCGAUUAAAAAAACCGAUGGCAAUUUUGACAUUGAAAUUAAAUUAAAUGGCUCGAAAUUAAAUCCAGAUAUAUUUUUUCACAAAUGUACAUAUUGUGAUGCAUUUUUUGCCCAAUCCGUCACAUUAUCGAGGCAUUUACGUGUCAGGCAUAAUGUCACAAGAGACAUGAUGAAUGCAUUAAGAAAUUCCAAAUUAGCCUAUGAAGAAUUGAAAAUGAGUAAUUUUCAAUUUAUCGAUAAUCAAAAUGUUAUUUCCGAAAAUGAGGAACACGCGAAAGAAAAGGAAAAAGAAGAAAAAAAAGAAGACGACAAAAAAGAGGAAAAAGAAAAAGAAAGAGGAAAAGUAGAUAAUUGUGAGGAAACAACAAUAAAUGAUAAGGAAAGUUUAGAGAUAACAAAAAUAAUGAACAAAAGUGAAUUUAACGAUACGUGUAAUCAACGUGAUGAUGUUGUUGUUUCAUAUUCGGAGAAUUUUAAUGUCAAUAAACAUUCACGUGAAAAACAUAAAAAGCGACGGGCAAAAUUCACAUGUAAAAUAUGCCUAAAACAAUUUCGAUUGCGACGUUGUUACAAUAGUCAUUUGAAUUUUCAUGAAAACACAAAAACUUAUCAUUGUCGUAUUUGUGAACUUGAAUUUUUUACAAAAUACAAAUUACAGCAGCAUAUGAAAAUUCAUAAUCAAGAGAAAAAAGAGACUGUUACGGCGACGAGCAAAAAAAUAUAUAAUAAAUGUGAAAAAAAAAUGUUGACUGAUCAAAGUCAAAAGAGAAAUUUACGACGUAGUCGAUUACGUAAUUCGUGAUAGUAGUUUUUUUUCUUUUUUUUUUUUUGUGUGCAAUAGAAAAAUUUCGAUUUUUUUUCUAUUAUUGUCUUUUCAAUAUUUCAGCGAAGAAAUGUAAAGAAAAAAAAAAAAUCAUGAAACUUUUUUUAAAAAAAGUACUGAAUUUACAUAAUAAACAUAUAUUAUUAAGGUAAAA